AUUUAUUUAUUUUUAUUUUUAACACACGCACACACACCACCACACACUCAUGCCUUAGUGGGAAUUCACCACCUAUGGGUGCUCGAACCCUUGACCGGGUGUUGAAACUCCUAAGAGUCUACCACUGAAGCAAGAGCAAGGACCCAGCUCUUACUGGUUUUAGUUCUGAAGGUCAUCAUUGUAACUUGAUAACUAAUGAUCUCUAAAAGUUAAUGUUUUGAAGCUGGUUACAAGUCUUUCAUUUAAAGAAUUUCUGCUACAAAUGGUAUCAAACUGAAAGAGGGGAGUGUAUUGUUGCUUAAUGGGGUUGCAAAUCUGUGAAUGAGUUUUGAGUUUAAACAUACUAAGCUCUCCGUAUAUUGCAGACUUCAUAGAUUUAGGUUCAAUUUAUUUGACUAUCUGGAUGGUUUUAACAUUAGGGUGUGAAAAAAGGUACAGCAUGGGCUAGCUAUUUAUGGACAGGAAAACAAGGGUACUGCAUUGCACAUCUAGCAGCAUUUAUGGCACAUGAUAUGGUAUUGGUAUAGAUAAUUCAAAUAAAAUUGUAUUCACUUUUCAAAUUAUUAAAUGAUUGCCACCUUGUAAAAAUCGGAUGAUUUUCUUUGCAUUUUAGCACGUAUCUUAUAGAGAGAUGAGAUCCUAAUCUGGAGGAGAUUAUGAUAUUUUCUUUCUAUUAAUAUCGACACUGGUGAAGAUCUUGUGUCUGACAAAUGCAAGCAUGGUUUUUCACCUUGCUCUCUUAACUUUAAAACCUUACAAUAAGGGUCAAGCAUAAUUUCUUCGUAUAUCACAUACAGACAUUGUUGAGAAUUUCUUGUUUCUUAUUAAUGCAAGUGUUUUCUGCAUCUCUCUCUCAACUUAAACCCUUGCAUUAAGUGAUCUCUUCUUUGUCAGUUACACAACUUGCAACAAAACCAUGCCAGGCUCCCUUGGGCAUGAAGUGCAAGAUGCGAGAACAUUCGCCUCAUGGGGUGUCGAUUAUUUGAAGUAUGAUAAUUGUUACCAUGAUGGAUCAAGGCCUCAAUACAGGUAUGCAAGGAUGGCUUACGCAUUAUGGAAGGUUGGCCGACCCAUUUUGUAUUCUAUAUGUGAAUGGGGUGAACAGAAUCCAGCAACAUGGGCUAGUAGUUUUGGAAAUGCAUGGAGAACAACAGGCAACAUUCAAGACAAGUGGGAGAGUAUCACAACAAUUGCUGAUGAAAACAACAAAUGUGGAAGAUUUGCAGGUCCAGGAAGAUGGAAUGAUGUAGGUACUUUUAAUUAAAUCCCUUAUCUGAUCUGUUUUAAACUACACAACAUUGACAUAUACAAUAAAGCAUGACAUGCCAAAACAUUCAUUUGAGUUUUUGCUAUUGUUCAAAGAUAUGUUAAGUACUAGUGUAUACAAGUGUAAAAUUUAGAAAUAUAACCCACAUCUGAGACCAAGAGAAUGAUACAUUAAGGUCCUCUUCAAAUUUCCACGUUGAUGAUUCUGUCCAAAGUGUAUAUCAAAUAUGACAAUUUUCUUCGAAAGGGGAAUGCCCUUGUUACAAGAGAACUAAAAUCAUUCUACUUUGCUCUCUAUUUUCACCUUGUGGCCCAUUUUUCUUCAAGAUCCCCUGAUUCUCUAGCUUUUUGUUGCCAUUAACAGUCCACCUAUAAUGUAAACAAAAUAGCAAAAACUUAUUUCUCUUGAGUUUCCAGAUAUUGGUUACCUUGUGGUUCUUUGGGUUUGAUAUGUAGCAAAAGUUUAUAAUUCAAAUUCAAUACACUUGAAAAAGCUUACAUCUGGGUAGAGUUAUGCUACUGUGCAAAUAGGUUUUUUUUUGUUUUUUUGUUUUUUAACCUGUAAAUACAAUUACCAUCUUAACAUUUCCAUAUGCAUGACACUAUCUUCAUGUUAAAAUACUUCACUUUCUGCUUAAAGGAAUAUGCACAUUGUAAUUUUCUUUCUAGUAUUGAUAGAUGCUGACAUGUUGGAAGUGGGCAAUGGAGGAAUGAGUUUAGAGGAGUAUUGCUCUCACUUUAGUAUAUGGGCACUUAUGAAGGUGAAUUUUGAAUAUCCAUGCCAUGUCUAGACUUGUCCACCCUUCUCUAGUUGUGAUAAUAAAAGGAAAAGCUUAUUGUGAUAGUCUCCUUUACUCAUCGGCUGUGACAUCUGAUUUGCAAGCAAACUGACUCUUGCAAUCUUCAAAAAUUUGGAGGUGAUUGAAGUUAAUCAAGAUCCACUUGGAAUUCAAGGGAGGAAAAUUAGAUCAUUGGCUGGCCUCGAGGAAAUGGCAACUAAUUGUACAUUCACUGAAGAUCAAGAUCACAUAAUUCCUCUACAUAGAGUUCAUAGGUGUGGAGUCAUCAUACGAUGCAAUGUUCUCAUCUUUGGGAGUCUGUAUGGCCUUUUGACGUCCCAAUUUGGUGACAUUGACAAACACAUGAAGCUGUGGGAUGGACUUCACUUGGUGAUUGUACAAAAAUUCCUUGAAGACCGCUGUGGCUUCUGACAUGAUUUCUUGGGCAUCGCUAGAGUUAUGGUGGUUGGUUUAUGUGUGAUGUUUGCUAUGAUUUUUGCACCUGUAUGUGAACUGAGUUGAAUUUAAAUGCUGGUAAUUUGGGCCUAUGAUUGUAUAUUUCAUAUUUUAUUAAUGACAUGUUAUGGUCCUAAUGAAUUUGUGAGUUGAGUGGACUACAACACUAGUCAUGA